AUGCUUUCAUUUUCCCUGCUUCUCGGCGUCACCUCAGUCAUUUCCCAUCUGCCACGCUCAUUUGCAGCUGUCCAGCAACUUCCUCACCAAGUCUACAACAUCACGGGAGUCGAACCACCGCUCGCUGUAGCUGCAGUCACGGCCACUGUGAACAUCACCACCACUGAUACUUCCACUAUCACAGCCACGACAAUAGCCACAAGCGUCAUCACGACCACGCUACCCCCUCCCCCUCCCCCAGUCAGUACGCUCACUGUGAUCUACCCAUCUUCCGACGCUGUUCCGGUCGAAGUGACAUCAAUCAGCCAGGUGGUCACUUCUUACAUCCCUGAAGCGACCUGGUGCAUUGGGCCCGCGCUUUACUUCGCUUCUGUCCCCGGAGCACCCUUCUUCAACGGAUCGGCAAACGUGACUCAAUAUGUGUCUGGAUCGAGCAGCUGCGGAGUGGAGUAUUCCACAACAACAACGACCAUCUGCGCAACAACACUCACAGGACUUGCGUCCAAGGUCACAGUGUCAGAGUGUGACCAAGAGAUCACCUUCUCCAGCGAGUGCGGCUACACAUUGGAAACGCCAACACCUACCCCUGCUACAACCAGCCCGUCUGCCCUCAUCACAGCCGCACCGACUGUGCGCAGGCUGAUGACGUACUGGCUUGCACCAUGGCAGUCACUGACAGCAGGCGAGGCACCGUCUGACGUGGACGUCAAAGUCUGCACGGUGCUCGACGAUGGGAAUAUGAAGUGCCAGCGGUACCAAGAAGUCUGGGAGAUAGUCGUCGUCACCUCAACAGUCACGACCUCGUUUCCCGUAACCUUUUCGAGGACGUUGUCAGGCCCGGGCGCACUGAUCUUCGACUCCAGCACAUCGUACAUCAACAGCACGACCGAGUUCAUCAGCCUUUCAAAGACGCUGCGUCUCGAGACUGAAGUCACGAUCGAGAGCACCAGCACCGUCACGAGGUCAGUGGUGGACCCGAGUCUGACCUCGCAGGAGCCGGCGUCCACCAUGACCAUCACGCGACAUCUCGAGCACGUGUCGAGCACUCCUCAACCUGCGUCCAGCAGUUCACCAGAAACUACACCAAGCACUAGCCUUGCAGACGCUUCCAGCACAGCAGAUAUCCCUAGCAGCAGUAGCAGCAGCAGCAGCAGCAGUAGCACAACCAACGAAUCCAGCAGCACCCCCGAGCCCACGACGACCGUGCUGAUAACGACCACCAUCACGUCACGCCGCACCAGCACCGUGACCAAAACGCGCCCACGCUCGCGCUCCGGCGCCGUGACCAUCAGCGCCUGA